CCUCCAUCUGUCCAUCAGAACCUUUCCACCUUAGAAUGACGUCGGGAUAUCGUAAUCUAUUACAGCGAUAUACCUGUUCCCUCACUCAUGCCUUACAUACAUCUGUCCGGACCGCGCAAAGGGUAUGCUUACAAGAGGAGUUUCAUCUCAGCGCCUGAGCCCUACUUUAGCCUCAGUUGGAUGGAUAAAAAGAAAUACCUUCGCAUUUCCCGUCGGAGGGUAACCUUCCAAAUUCUACUGCCGUGGACAUUUAACCCACCAUCGAUCCCCCCCAGGCAGAAUGAGGGUACUCCACUUAUAUUGCGUAGAAGUAUUGCCUUUCCUUUUCUCCAGUCUUUCUCUUUUCGUCUUCUAGUAUAUAUAGGGAAGGGAAGUAGUGCCAAAGCGCUGCGAGCGGCUGUAUCAUAUCAUCCAGCAAAUCGCUUUGAUCUUCCAUCACACUCAUUCUUCACCCCAUCUCCUGUCCAUCCUUUACGCGUCGGUCUCCUCUCCUUGGAGAAGGCGUAGUUCCUAUCAUGAUUUUAAAUUCUCUGUACAAAGUCUUUUCAGCGAGCAGUUUAUUACUCUAUCCAGUCCGUACGUAAACAACCCCCUUCCCCCACUUCAUCCAAAGAAACUGAAUCCAUCUAACAACCCCAAGUCGCGCUUCCCGCCCCCUCACCAAACAGCACAACACUCUCCCCCCAAACCGCACUCCGCAUCCUCGCCCUCGGCGACAGCAUAACAUUCGGCUUCAACGAGAACCCGGGAAACUCGUACCGGCGCUUCCUGCAAUGCUCCCUCUCUACCGCGGGUAUACCAGUAUCCUACAUCGGCUCACUCACCAACGGGGACUGGACCAAUAACGCCAACGAAGGCUACACAGGACAAGAGAUAACCCAAAUCCUCACGUCCGCCUCCAAGAUCCUCGCGCAGAAACCAAGUCCGAAUGUAGUCCUCAUUCACGCGGGAUCCAACGAUAUAAUACACAACACCGAUCUCGCAAAUGCACCAAAGAGACUAGGCGCCAUGAUCGAUAGCGUCGUUGAGAAGACCGAUGCUGCGGUACUAGUCGCGAAGAUCAUUGGCUUCGGGGCGGGGGUUACGCAGUACAAUGCUGCGACUGAUACUUACAACAGUGCGAUUGAGGGGGUCGUGGCGGAGAGGACGAAGAAAGGACUCAGGGUUAAGGUGGUGGAUAUGCGUGCUGUGGUUACGGCCAGUGAUUUGGUUGAUGGGGUUCAUCCCAAGGCCUCGGGAUUCAAGAAGAUGGCGAAGGUCUGGUUGGAUGGCUUGCAGGGGCUGGCGAUUAAUAAUGCUACGGGGGCUUUUGUGGAUGUGGGGAAGAGUGCGGUGCCAGGCAGUGGGAAUUGUGCGGAUUUGGUGGCGUAGAGGAGUGUGGAGUGGAGGGCUAUGUUUGGGUGGU